GAUGUUGAGCAGUUAAAGGUUAUGAGGUUCCUAAUUUAAACUGAAUUAAAAAGGGUUGGAAAGUAUUUGAGAAAAGAGGAGGAGUUUGAGAGUUUAGAGUUUAGGAAUUUAGUUAAACUGAUCGACUGACAUCACCGGGGGAAGCUGUGAUCUUAAUUGGCUUCAACUAGUGUAAGUGCCAUGCGAUCAACUGACUAAGCAAAGGACAUCACUCCGAUUGGCCAUAUCGGAGAAAACAGUCUCCAGGCCCGUCAAAAUUAUUGAAUCUAUUCGACCUACAAUCCUCAAAACGGUACUGCGAUCAGGAUGGUGGUGAAGAUUCGUCUUGCGCGCUUCGGGCGUAGGAACGCUCCUUUCUACAAUAUUGUCGUCGCCCAUGCGAGAACGGCACGAGACAGCAAGCCGCUUGAGGUCAUCGGCACAUACGACCCUAUCCCGAAGCCCGACCCAUACGACGACUCGGGAAAUUUACACAAAGACAUCAAGCUGGACACAUUAAGAGCUAAGUACUGGAUUGGUGUUGGUGCGCAGCCCACAGAUACUGUUUGGAGAUUAUUAUCAAUGGUGGGCAUCAUGGAACCAAAAUAUCGAAACACCGAACCGCGGACCCCGCCCCCUAUGCCGCGUGAAGUCCAAGACGAUUCAAAACCCCAAGAUCCGACAAAUUGAGAAAUACCAUAUCCACGAAUACAAAGCGCAUCACGCCUCUUAACCUCGGGAUAGGAUAGUACUAUUAAGAAGGGAGAGCAUAUGCGGUCGAC